AUGCUACCAAUGACAGGACGUUGGCCAAUCGGAAUGAGAAUAGCUGCAGCUGUUCCCAUGGCAAUAUUUGACAUCACAAAUGACUCAACUCUGCUACCAGGAUAUAAUAUUACGUACAACAUCGUAGACAGCUCGUGUGAACCCGAGAAAGGUCUUCGCGGGAUGGUCGCGUUUAAAACAGCUGAUUUGUUUAUUGGGCCCGCGUGCUCUGUAGUGGCGGAACCAACGGCACUACUAGCAAAAAUAUGGAACAAGCCUAUUGUAACUUAUGCUGCAUCCUCAAAUAAAUUCAUCAAUAAAUAUAUUUACAGCACGCUAAGUACAAUCACUGCUUAUGCUCGAAGAAGUGAGAAAUAUACUCCAAAGCUUGUGCUUCAGAUCCUGAAAGAGUUCGACUGGAAUAUUCUGGCCAUCGUAAGUUCAUCUGAAGUGGAAUGGAAAACAAUGGCUGAAAAAAUUAGAGCCACCAUUGAGCCUAAUGCAAAAGUUUCUAUGUUUGAAAAUUACGAUAAUAAAUAUCCACAGUUUGAGAGAAUCUUGCAGAAGGGAAAAGAAGUGUCACGGGGUAAGUGCCCGCGAAGCUUGCGUGCAGACGUCUCCUAUUUCCUUUGCGGCACGCGUAAAACAAAAGAAAUAGGAGACGUCUGAUCUGCACACAGGCAGGAGCCCAUAACCCGGAGUGUGCAACUCCCAUACUUUACCUAUGCAGCGGCGUUAUCACAGAUCAAGUUAUUUUUAGCAUCAUUUUUUUAGCACUUUUUCCCGCGAAAAUUAAAGCACCGUGCUGUAUACGUGCGCAUCCAUAGUACGAUUAUUAGGUAAAUGCUAUCAAAACACUAGAAAUACUUUAGUCUAGUUCCCGAUUUUUGAUGACUCAUUUGUAAGACUUAUUCGGUAUUCAAAAUUCGCGGGAAAAUCGAUCUAAAAAUAAAAUGGUCUGGGAAGAUGCCGUUGCAUGGGCAGGCAAUGGGCACAAGGAAGUUGCUCGCUUCGCCUGGGUUAUGGGUUCUAGUGCCAACGUAAUAUUCAUCUAACGCUGCUAAAGCUACCACUAAGAAAUUGCAAUUAUAAAGAUACAUAUUAUUUGAAAGGGCUUGUUUGUCUCAUGGUAAAGAUAAAAUAGACAACAGUUACCACGAAGUAUAUUACGAUUAACAUUGAAGGCAAGUCUGAUCGGACAGCUAAGGUUUACAAACUUAUUUGCCCAACAUUUCGACUAGACAAAACUAGUCUUCAUAAGGGGCUCGAAAGGCUAAGUAUUGCAAUCAUCUGAUAACUUAUAUUUAGGGGCAGGGAUACAGCCAGUGUUCCCGCAUCAUGUCUAGCCUGUUACAGGCGUUCCGGCCGAUUGGUGUACCCUUCAACGUAGGCGUUAUUUUGGCUCGUCACGCAAUACUAAGAACGUCUGCGUGAGAGGCUAAAGAUAAAGAAAACAGUGCAAUGAAAAGUGAGUACUAACAGAGGAAAAUGUGACAGCGAGAGGACACUCCAUUUCGCGCUACUUCACGAUCUGAACGACCUGAACAGGCUACAUCAGUGUCCCCGUGAGUGCCUAUUACCGAUUGGAUGGAUUGAACGUCUGGGUAAUUCUGCCUCCUAGCUAGUCACUGACGCACCAAUUCCAACUCGUCAGAUUUCAUGGAAUAUGUGGCAGGGAGAAAAUGUUUUCCCCUCGAAGGUUCUUCCAUAGCAGCGGUAAUGUAACACGAGGGAACGUGUUCCUGCAACACGUCCCGUCUCACAACCCUUGCACAUAUAAAUUCUCUGUGUCGUUAAAGAACCCACGCACUGUUCGUAAGGAGUAGGGGACAUAGUCCGCGGUGUGGUGAUCUAUCUCUCGUGUGGGAAGGGACUGUUACGGGCCCGCGUAGUGGCGCCACGCACUAUUGCGGUGACCCUGACAAGAGCUGGCGAACCUAAGUAAAUAAAUAAACAAAUGCCCUUGCUUCACGCUACUGCAACAUUUCCUCCUGAGUUUAGAUGGGUAGAUUUCAAUACAAUAAUUUUUACGAAAUAAAAUAGAAACAGCUUUAUUAAGAGUUAUAUUCCAGUUAAUACGAAGACAGAAUGAUGAGACAAAAGGACCCGCUGUAGUAAAAAUCCUAGCUUUUUAUUCAAAGCAUUUCUCGCUCGCGAUGGCGGGCCUUAUUUUUUUUGCUUUUGAAUAUUUACGGGACCUUCUUCAUUUCUUUUCCAGUUUUUCUUAUCCUCUGUUACAUAAAUGAAGUUCUUGACAUCAUGAAAACAGCUGAACGGUUGGGUAUGACUAAAGGAGAUUAUGCUUUUAUAACACUUGAUUUGAAUACCGACAUGUUUUAUAAAGACGGUCAAUGGUCUGGAAACGAAGGGAAAGGCUCUAAUUUCCCAACUGAGCUCAACGGCAUAAUAGACCUUAGCGUUUACCGUCCUGAGAUUUAUGAAGAGUUUAAAAUGAGGUACAACACGAUGAAAAACACUCUCGAUCCUUUCAUCAUAUCAAAAUUAUAUCCCAAGGUAAGAACCAGAUAGUUUUAGCUUUGUAAUUUUACUUUGCAUGUUAGUUGCGCCUGCUAUCAGAUUGUAUAUGUACUAGCUGACUGGUUGACCUAUUAACUAAUUGACUGAUUUACUAACUGACUAACUAAAUGAAUGAAUGAAUGAACGAACUAACGAACGAACGAACGAACGAACGAACGAAAGAACGAAAGAACGAAGGAAGGAAGGAAGGAAGGAAGGAAGGAAGGAAGGAAGGAAGGAAGGAAGGAAGGAAUGAAUGAAUGAAUGAAUGAAUGAAUGAAUGAAUGAAUGAAUGAAUGAAUGAAUGAAUGAAUGAAUGAAUGAAUGAAUGAAUGAAUGAAUGAAUGAAUGAAUGAAUGAAUGAAUGAAUGAAUGAGUGAGUGAGUGAGUGAGUGAGUGAGUGAGUGAGUGAGUGAGUGAGUGAGUGAGUGAGUGAGUGAGUGAGUGAGUGAGUGAGUGAGGAGUGAGUGAGUGAGUGAGUGAGUGAGUGAGUGAGUGAGUGAGUGAGUGAGUGAAUGAAUGAAUGACUAACUGACUGACUGACUGACUGACUGACAUACUGACUGGCUAGCUGGCUGAUUGACUUUUGACUGACUGUCUGAUUGAUCAAUUGACUCGAAAGCAACUGAUUGGCUGGCUGACGUUUUGACUGGCCGACUAACUUUUGACUGAUUGACAACUGACUAACAGACUGAUCAUUAACUGACUCAUGCCUGACUAAGUGGCUGACUGACCGUUGGACUGACUGACUGCCCGGGUCAGGGGUGACUGACUGGCUGACUAAUUGGCUGAUUGAUUGACUGACGAGCUGAUUUACUUACUGACUGACUUAUUGAGUGACUCUCUGGCGAACUGAUAGACUGUGUGAUAAACUGAUAACUAUUGACUCGAUUAUCUCAUAGAAAGCAUUCAUUUAAUAAUUUCUUGUAUUUAAGAUCACUUUUGUCGACAGGUUUCUUGGUAUUCCUCGUUUCUGUAUGAUGCCGUCUACCUGUAUUCUCUGGCCGUAAAUGACACUUUAACCCACGGAUAUGACGUCACUAAUACAACUGAGAUUAUUGCACGCAUGUUUAAUAGACAUUUCUACGGUAAGUAAGCUGCAGCUAAAAGAAACUCCUUCUAAUGUAUAGAUUUUUGAAUGUGUCCUAGAUGUAUAGCAUUGAAAAUAGACUCGCUUGAAACAUGGAGUUUUUGUUCAUGGUUGUAUGUAUAUCUGACUUAACUUCAAUGUAACUCCAAUCUAAACUACGGUAACACCUACGAAUGGCACAAUGAUAAUGGGGCUCACAUUUGGCGUUUAUACUACCUUUUUGACGCCGGAGUUCGAUUCCCAGCUGAGUCAUCAGUCAGUCUUAAAAUAACUGAGGAGAACAAUUUCCCUGUCACUUUUAAACCUGUUUGACGCUUUUGCAGUAAGUCGUUUAAAUUGAAUGACUUAAAUGUCGUUCAAAAACUUUUUACCUUUAACAACCUCGCUCCCGCCACUUCGAUGAAAACUCGUGCUAGUGCGACUUGGUAGAACGAGUCGAGCACAAAUGAUUGGAAUUCAGGUCAAUUAAGCACUCAUGCGCGGAGUCAAAAGCGUAAGCACUGGGGUCGAGAAUGCUCCUUGUCGAAGUCGCACUCGCUGUCAAUACUAACAUUCUCUAGUCCAUUGUGUACUGUUAUGAGUUAUCGACGACGUAAAAUUAAGACCUUCGAAUUUAAAUUUACAUAAUUCUUCCUUCAUUUCAUUUCUUUAUAUUUGUAUCAGGAAAGUCAGGUCAUGUCUUUCUGGAAAAUGGCACCCGAGUUCCUCAGUUUGUCGUUGGUAACCUUCAAGAUGGCUCCUACCAGUUCAUCGGAAACAAAACCAAAAUAUUGCGUAACAGUACGGGACCGAUUUACCACCAGCUUCACCUAUUUGCCAAGUCAAAAAUCACGUGGCCUGGCGGGUCAAGUAAUGCACCCCUCAGUGAGCCUUUGUGUGGUUUUACAGGAGAGAAAUGUAGUGAGGAUAGCACAGGUGACUAUAGAGUAUUUUAAGGUUAUUGCACUCUAUAAUUGUUUUUUGUUAUUCAGAGAAAUUAUUAUACAAGGCCCCUUUCUAGUCAUUUUUCAUCUUGUUUCGACUGUUCCAAUCUCGUUUCUUAAGUCCCUUUUCUCCUUGUUUAGUGGUGGGGGAACAAGAAGAAAGAAGACUCAGCUGAGAACCAGAAUCAGAGGUGUUAUAGGAAGAAUCAAGAGUCCCAUUAUGACUCUUGGAAGAAUUUAAGAAGGCAUACGUACUCCCAGAGUCUCUUAAGCUUAACCGCUCUUUAAAGGGAAAUAAAAGAAGACUCGCAAUAGGCCAUGCAUAUGCGCAGUAAAUAACCGAAUGAUGACAACAAGAGCUCAUCACUCCCACAAGCAUCCCCGUUUCUAUGGCAUGGAAGUCACACCCUGGAUUUUAUCUUAAGACAAACUAAAAAUAAAUUAUAAGUCUCAAGUUUUGUUUCUGGUAUUUUCAGAUACUCUCGUUCUCAUUCUUGGCAUAGUUGGAGCUUGUCUUCUAGUUCUCAUCAUUUUUGUUCUCCUGAUCUGCGUAAGAAGACGCGCCAAAGGGAAAGAGAGUAUUCAUACAAAAUGGAUGAUAAACUACAACGAGAUUGCACCGGCAGAUGACACUGAAGACCAUCCCAUGGUUCUUAACAACCUGCAUCACGUGAGCUCAUCAGAGGGCCUGGUAGAGCCAGCAUACUUGUGGUUUUUUUUUAUUCAUUUAUUUAUUUAUUUUUAUUUCGCUUUUGUUUGUUUGUUUGUUUGGGUCUUUUCUGUCUGGAUUUUUGUAAUGCUUAUCUUUCUGGUAUACAGCUAUUUGAAUUAAUGUUGUCGUAAGCCUGCACGACAAAAGCCGGUUUUUAAAUAGAAUGUUUCGAUUAACAAAACAGUCGGAAAAUAAAGUGGUCCUUCGCCACUGUACGUCAAAGAAACUGUUUAAUAAAAAGAUUCGUUUCUUUGGUGAAUCCAAAAAGGGUAUUGCGCUUCUUUCUAAAAUCAAAAAUAAAUUUUAAACCUAAAGAAUGUACACUCCGAGUGGAUUUAUCAGAUUAACCCAAAUCAGGAAUUUUAAAUUCUUUGAGAACAGAGAUCCGAAGAAAAAACACCGACAAACAGUUUUCCUCCAAAACGCGAUGAGGCUACCACGUUCUCUUUCUUUCGCUAACAUUGCGAAAGGCAAGCUAUCAAAGAAUCCAUUCAAUGGAACAGCCAAUCUAUUUAUUUCCAUGUCCACUCUGAGUGAAUUUCCCGUGCUCAGCUAUAGUUUCACUGGUGGCGUCGCGAAAUGACGGCUGUUUUCUCAGGCUUGAUACGCGGGUUCCCCCGGUCAUUGACCCGACGGCUAUGCCAUGCUUAUGAGCCCUAAUAAGGGCGAAAAAGCAGUCCAUGGCUGCCACUGCCUGGGUGAUCUGGCUGUGUGCAUGCGUGAGGUAUUGGCCAGGCCAUGGGAUGGUGAAUGUGUGCCCCUUGCUUUACGUUUGUAAAAUAGAAGCUACGGUUAGUUUUAUUUCAACGUAUUAUCAAUAUCUUUUUUAGCGUAGUACCCAAGGCUCCGAGUUCAAUGUUCUGCCAUCUGCGUCUUCUGCAAGGCUUAUGAGUGAUGGUGGAUUUCUUCAGAGAAGACUUUCUAAGGGAAUUUAUCGAGUAAGUGCAAUGGCAAAAUCCUUACUAUGCCUGCUAACCUUUAUCAUGGAGGCAAGCAGAUAAGACAAUAUGGUGCACCUCCAGCUUCACUGGCUAAGGUUUAUACAACCAUUGUUCGUCCUGUUCUAGAAUAUGCUGCCCUUGUCUGGCAAAAUAUACCAGAUUUUCUAUCUUAUAAGAUUGAGAGCAUUCAGAAAAGAGCUAUGGGCAUCAUUUUUCCUUUAAUGAAUCACAACGAGGCAUUAAAUGCCCUUAAUUUAACAACUCUAAGUGACAGACGCGCCCAUCUAUGCCAGGUUUUUAUUGAUAGACUCCGGGAUGAGAAUCACCCCUUGCAUUUUAUGCUCCCCAAACAGGAGGAGGUUGUGCAUAAUUAUAAUCUUAGAUCUGGCAUUAGCCGCUCCACGCGUCCUACCUGUAGGACCAAGCGCACGCAAGAGUUUGUCACGCACAAGUAUACCUAGUGGCUUGUACAAUUAUAUUUUGUAGUAUUUAUUGGAUUUGUUAUCUUAUAUUUUAGUAUUAUAUGUUUUGUAAAUAGCUCUGUAAUUCAGCCAUUCUGUAUAUUGCUGCAAUGAGUCUUAAUAAACAGUCAUUAUUUAAUUGGGGCUGUUCUAUUUGGACAUCACGCACAGUGACUGAAACUUAGGGCCCGUUUACAUGUAGGUGGGGACCCAAGGUAGGUGAGGUAACCAGCUUAGGUGGGGUAGCCAGCCUGUCCAUAUAAUCUCUCAUUUUAAUUUGAUCACGUUUACAUGACCGGUGGGGUGAUCCGCCAAGGCGGGUAGCCGGUCUGGCAGACCGGGUAACCCUCUCAGCCGGGGUCAAAUUUUGCCAUGUAAAAGUUUCAAGGUGGGGUAACCCACAUAGUCGGGGUCGGAUUCGUGAUACAUCAAAUUCAAGCAAAAUUCACUUUGGCAGUGGCUUUGCAUCAUUAUUAUUGCCAGAGCAGCAAGUGAGUGUAGAAGAGCAUUCAAUACCAAAACAUGUGGUUUGCCAGCAUUUUUCUUGUUUACGAGCUUAGCGACCAUUCAAUAAUCUUGAGAAAGUGCACCCCAGGAUGGCGGAGUUGUAAGAUUGUAUGUAAAGGAGAGCUAUUUUUUUUUUACCCCACCUAAGCGGAUACCUCACCUACCUGGUGUUUCCCACCUCCAUGUAAACAGGCCCUUAGAAAUGCCGGUUUUAAAAUCACAUAAACUAAAAACAAAAGCUCUUACGGCAGAAAUGAGCUCCGAAGCCAAAGUUUGUAAUAGGAUUGUAUGUAGUAGGACAACAUUACUGUAAAGUGUGAUUACGUUUCUAUUUCUCCCAUUUAUCAGGGAAAAUCUGUUUUAGCGAAGAACGUUUCUGAAGGAAUAUCGCACCUGACAGAAAAUAUGAAGAUUGAAAUACGCCAGGUGAUGCUACUAAGUAUUUUCCUAAAUACUGAUGAGAAGCAGGAACUAGUAAGUGCCACCUUCCCCUCCCCCUUGUGGAAGCAGAUUGUAUCUUUGUACCGAUUCUCUGUUUUUUAUCUGUCUAUCAGCCGAGCUCUCUCUUGUCUCAUUCGUGUCACAGCUCAUGUGAUCUCUCGCGUGUAGAGGGUUCUUGCUUCCCUCCUCGUGUUGACUCUUGUUGCACAAGGCCAUUUUCAAAAUCCGCUCGCGUAUUUCCGUAGUUGCUCUAGCUGUAUAUAACGUCCUCGCAAUCCAUGAAACAAGCAUAUAUUUUGUAGGAAGUUACCGAGGAAUAAUGAGGCGAAUUUCAGGAAUUUUUCUUAAAGAAUUUUUCUUCAAAUGAUCCUAAGCUUUUUUGUUCGAGUUGUUGCAUAAGAUAGACUGAUUUUAUUUUUGUUCUUUCUGCUACAGGCAUGUGAAAUUCGGCACGUGAACCUUAACCCAUAUGUAGGAAUAUGUGCUGAGUUUCCCGAUGUAUUUAUCGUUUCUGAGUACUGUGCUAAAGGAAGCCUUCAGGUGAUGACUUUUUUCUUAGGUACCUCAUCAUAAUCAAAUGAGCCGUGCCUUUGUUUUCUCCUGUAAUACACUUUUGGUGUUAAAAAAAAAACCGAACAAAAACUCUCUCUUGUGCUUGAUCCAUGGGGUGAAAUUAAACUGAUUCUAGUCAUAAUUUUUGAUCCACUGUAAACUAAAGUUAUCCAGUCUUUGUAGUUUUUAGGAAUUUUUUCUUCACUCUUCUACACAUUUUUAAUUGCAGGAUAUUUUAUUAAAUGAAACUAUUAAGCUGGACUGGACUUUCAGGAUGUCAUUUGCUUCAGACAUCGCUCGAGUAAGUCUGCCCAUGCCCAGUUGACGAUAUCUUGGCUAGGUGUGACUGUGGCAUAAAGAACGGGAGAGCUUUUCUUUGAACCGUUACCAUCCCAUACAGCCAUUGUUGAUCAAGAUAAGAAAGUACGGAAAAUGCAACUGUAAAAAAAAAUGAGAUUAUAUACAAGAUAGUGGGGCUAUAAAAUUCGACACUUAAACUGUAAAGUACAUCUAUGCGUAUAUGUAUAACUUAAUUAGAAUCAGAUUGAUUGAUUGAUUUUUAGAUUUAAAAAGCUGGAGCUGGAAAGUGCCAAACCUCCCAAAUUUCAUUCUAUAAACGGUUUCGAGCAAAUACCACCAGAUAAAGUUCUAUCACAAGCAUUGGGUGAUUAAUCAUUAGAAUAUAAUUAAUAGAUUCAAAUUGCAAAUCUCAUGUAAACUGCAUAACGGAUGAUGAAACGAUUUUUUUUUUCUUAGGAAAAUGGUAGCAUUAGCCUUUCCCUUUCUGAAGCAUCUUUUUGCACAUGCAUUUUUUGGUUCGUCGUUCGUCCUUUUCCUUAAUUUUUGUUAUUAUUUCAUUUAUCUUUAUUGUCCUUGUAAGGCAAACUAUAAAUAUCUUGCUAUCAAGUUAUAUUUAGCGCAACAUCACGCCUUUAUCAAGGUCUGAUUUAUUUUUUAAACUCUUACUUUCUAAAUGUUCUUUUUUUUCCGUCUUCUUUCACUUCUUUUUUUUGUCGUUGUUUCUAAUUGUUUGAUUGUGAUUUUCCUUUUUGAAGGGGAUGGAAGAAUUACAUAAAAUCUCAAUAGGUUGCCAUGGUAACUUGAAGUCCACCAAUGUGCUGGUUGACAGUUAUUGGAUCUGUAAGGUGGCCGAUCACGGACUCCACAGUUUUAGAGAAAAUAAGCCAAUAACAGAGGAGAGAUUACAAUGUCAAUCUGGUACAUUGAUUUGUUUUUUAACUAGUCUGAAAUGACAGCCGUCUCCACCCCUUAACCCGUGGGGUCGCGAGAGAGGGAGACGUCCGAAUUUCCGAGAGUUAGACUGUCGCCCGGUGACGUCACACUAAUUUAUACAUUCGGCAUUGAUUUCGAUGUUUCUUCCCCGCGCCCCCUCUCCCCUCCUCCCACAAGUUAGGGGGUGGACACGGCUAACAUUUCCAACUAUUUAAGGUAUAAGCACAUUUUCUUCGUGACCAAGUUUAACGUCAGUAAUACUUAAAAUUUACCUUGAUCAUCGGUCACUUCUCUAAAUCACCCUUCCCCUGCUUCUCCUAAUCGUUAAUUCUACUUUAACAGCUUUGUUUUGGACUGCGCCUGAGCAUUUACGAAGUACCGCUGACAUUGGAAAGUCGCAGCCGGGAGACGUUUACAGUUAUGGGAUCAUGCUACAAGAGAUCGCACUAAGAGAAAAGCCUUUCUCUACCUCACUCCUUUGUACAAAAGGUAAAAGGCUCUAUAUAUGGAUUAUUAAGAAUAAUUUAGCAAGUUAAAGUUCCCCAUGCAACACAAAAAUAACGUUUUUAUAGCGUUAAGACGAUCUGGCUUGGAGAUUAGAUAAGAGAUGAGGAGUGAUUAAUUCUACCCGAGACGCCCGACUUUAUCGAUGGUCGAGUAUUCUUCAGGAUAUUUACAUUUAUAUCGUAUUCGACGAUUUGUUUCUCAAUUGAUUGAGUACGCAUGUAUAAAUAAACGAAAAUCAAGGGCCUCGAUUCGGGAGAAAUUACAUCAUUGCCAAAAUGCAAAAACGUGAUGAACAUGGCGCGUCAUUUCAGUCAUCGUCAAAAAUAGACCGAAUGCUUAUCACAAGACUCAAUUUGCAUGCAAUGAAAAUUUACAACAGCGGACCAGUUAGCCUCACCUUCGGAGUUUUUCUCAUUAACUGAAUUGUCCUUUUUUCGACCACCGAAAUAUUCAUUUGUUCCAAAGUAAUCAGCGCUUUCGAGCGAUAGAAUUCGUGGACGGACCCGUUCCGGAAAAGCUCGACAUCUUUCGCAUUAAUAUUUCCUCAGCUUUCUUCGCAAAACAUGCAUGGCGACCUAAUAUGUUGGCGGUUACGCCGUGAUUCUUAUCGCCUGUUUCCACGGUCUCCGCUAGGAAGGCCUGGGACUAUGAUUACCCGUUUGGCGCAUACACACGAAAAAAAAAACAAAGAACAGAAACACUUGCAUGUUUUAGAGUCUCGCUGCUAAAGCAAGCACGACUAAUCAGCCGUUCCAUCACAACCUUUUGCUUGGGUCUUGACAAACUGCGAGCCUGGGAGCCAUGCGAGUCACGCGAGGCAUCGGUAAAAAAAAGGGAAACACAAGUAAAAACUGCAAAUUUACAGAUGAGGAGUUGAGCACUCAUUAUACUGAUUAGGGUUAAGCACUCAUUGUACUGAUUUCAUUUUGGGUUAAGCGCUGUUUUUAGGGUUAAACACUUAUUUACAACGGUUAGCGUUCAGUUAAUGUUUUCCGUAUUACUGUUGUCGAUUUUUAUUGUUUUUCUUUUUCAAUGAUUCUUCUUUGGACUGCAUGGCUCGCAUGACUCGCUGGCUCGCAUUUUAUACACACUCGAUCUAGGUCAUAAUACAUCAAACGUAUUCUGUAGAGGUACUUUGCUAAUAUGGUUUGAGACUAUAUGGAGCCCUUCGAAAACAAAGAGAGCAGAAUUUAGAAAUGUCAGAAAAGUUAGGAUAUAAACAAAAUUUUGUCUCAGUUUGUGUGUUUUACCCUUUCCUUUUUAAUACUUUAUUAUUUUAUUUUGUCAGAAAUUCUUUAUUAUGUGCGAAAAGGCAUCCAACCGCACUGUAGGCCCCAGGUUCCCCCGGACAGCGCUCCGCGACCAUAUAUCGAUCUCAUGAAGAUUUGCUGGGAUGAAAGCCCUGAGAGAAGACCUACAUUCAGCGGGAUUCUUAAGAUUCUGAAAAAGAUCAACAACGGAAAGUAAGGAAAGCGCCAAUAAAUCCCUUUAAGGGUUUAAGGGCCGUUAAUGCCAGGGGGGAAUUCUAUACGAAAGGGGCGGGGAGGCGCGUUGGAAAUUUUGAAUUAUACCCUAAAGGAGACAAUCUGGGCGUGGCCCAAGCUUUGUUGACCCCUAAAAAACUUUGAUUACAUGAAUCGAGUAAAUAAAAUGAAUUGAAAAUAUAUAAUUUAUAUUGCUUCCGCGUACAACCCUAAAAGAGACCUUUGCGGCUAAAUAUAAUGGCGUUUUGCCCAGAACACCCUAAGUCAUUAAACCAAAUCAGAAAUUUGCAACCCUAAGCGAGACGACGAGCAUCCCCGCCCCUUUCAUAUGGGAGUCCCCCCGGCCGUUAAUGUAUUGUCGCAGAUGAGAGUAUAACAGUGUCACCACUGUCCUAUUUACGUGAAAUAUGAAGAGAUCGCCAUUUAUCUUUUAUUUUUUUUAUACUUUAAUCAGAGAGCUUAGAACUAGCAUUACUGCGCUUUUCACAAACAUGCGAAUGCUGAAUUUCAAAACCAACUGAUGAUUGCGUUUUUCGCUCACGUCAAUCAUCUUAACGGACCUCUUAGGAAACAAAACUUUAAGUUAACGGGUUCAAAAGGUCAUGGUUUUUGAUUUGUGAUUGGUGGAUUUCGAUCCAUUUUGUGUGUUUCUGUGUUUCAAGGUUCGUUGCCUGUGAUCGUAAUUAUGAUUGACGGCAGCGAAAACGCAAUUGUGAAGGCGGCUUUUGACCUUUAGAGUUCGCUUGUUUAUGAAAAGCGCAGUAACGUCUCUUUUCUGAUCAUCGAAAAAAAACAUUUUAGACAUCACUGACAUCGUGUAAUGAAGUGCAAAGGGUCAAGGGGUCCCUCCCUUAAAUAAGAAUUCUUUAUCUUAAUUUUUAAGCAGUAUACAGCUCUUUGUAAUUUCGUUUCUGAACAACACUUCGAACUUGAACUCAGUUUACAUUUCUUUCAGUAAAAGAAACAUCCUCAUUUUAUCAAUUUCAGGACAAUCUCAGUAAUAGACAACAUGCUGUCGAUGAUGGAAAAAUACACCAACAAUCUGGAGUCCCUCGUAAAUGAACGAACAAAGCAACUGCAAUGCGAGAAAACCAAGACAGACGAACUUCUUCACAAGAUGUUACCAAGGUAAACCGACCAUUGUAAGCCAGGUGCAACCCCGAGGGGUCCCCCUCUUGGGUACUCAUGCCUCUCCUUCCUCUCUUUGUCCAAUUAAACUUGCCCCUUUUGCAGAUUGACCUAAACUCAGAGGUAAACCACCAAUGCAAUCAAAAUUCAGGAUUCGCCUUUAUAAUACAAGAGUCUACUAAUUUCAGUGAUAUUAUCAAGCGGAUAUGAAGAAAGGUCGUCAACCUUGUUCCCAGGGGUUAUUCCCUUAAAAAAACCAUGGGAACGAGGUUGUAAGUUCAUUUGGAACAUUUGGCAAUUUUAAGAUUUAGCGUAAGACCGGUUGUAAGACAUAAACACCACACUGAUAGGGCCUCAACAAAGUGGGGCUUUAGCCUUUGAUUAACAGCUGUUUUGUCAUUUUUGUGGCUUGUUAUGAUCAGAACGGCAUAACAACAAGUUCUGCUAAAAAACACAGUCACGGUACAGUAUGUUUAAAGUCCUACCACUGAACGCACACCUUCUGAAUCACGCCGUAUCACGUUCUUCCGAUGAAGUGUGUUUACACCUGCUGUUUCAAUCUGACUCAGGAGCAUCGCCGAACAACUCAAAGUGGGACUUGAAGUGAAGGCAGAACAAUAUGAUAACGUUACAAUAUUUUACAGUGACAUCGACGAAUUCUCCAACAUAACGUCGGCCAGCUCUCCAAUUCAGGUUAGAAAAACUUCCCUUUGAGAUGAGACAAACUUAGCAACUGACGAUGAUUUUCUAAGUGAAUUCAGGUAUGAUAAUCCUCGACCGUCCAUAAUCCAUACAGCUCGGGAACAUCUUUUAUAAUGAUUGACAUACGGUAAGACUGACUGAGUUCUCCACUGAUUCGGCCUGGAUAACUAUCUGACAGACUCAAUACCUAGCUUUAUGACACAUUUAAAAAGACUGACUGACCAGCUGACCGAAUGGCUUGAUGACUGGCUGGCUGACAGGCUGAGAAACUGUCUUACCAACUGCUUGACUGACUUAUUGGCUGACUGAUUGAUGGACGGAAUGACUUGACUGACAGACUAACUGACUGACUUACUGUUUGACUGUUGUUGUGACAUCUACAAAUGGUUAGAUAUUCUAGUCCUCUCGGAUAAGGACGAAAAUCCGUAGGCCCGUCUCACAGCUCCUUUACUGUUCUGAUUCUAGUGGGACGUAAAAGAACUCACACCCGCUGUUCGUAAAUUGUAGGGGGCGUAUACCCCGGUUGUGUGGUACAAUCUUCCAUGGGCUGGGUGGGUAAUGAAGAGAUUGAUAGCGAUUGAGACGUUAGUGCUGUUUCAUCCCAUGUCACCGUGGAGAAUUUAAUAAAGUAACUAUCAGAGUAAAGUUGAUGAGGGUUGAUGAAGGUUGAUAAAGCCGGCACUAUAAAACCUGCGCCUCCAACCCUUAUUAAGGACCAAUUGACUGAUUGACUCGCUGACCUAAAAACUGAUGGACUAGAUGAUUCAAAGAAAAGAGAGAUUUAGAGCCACGUUAACGGCGUGAAAAUACUAAUUUUUUGUACACGUAAUGAACAACAAACAACAAGUAAAGGGAAAACUAGGUCAAGUGGUGUGCAUGUAAACUUGGCUCUAAUUCUCUCUGUAAAUGAUUGUUAUAUUCCGGUAUAAGAGUUUGCUUUUUACCUCUGGUGGUCCCCCAAUUCCCUUUAUUUUGGUUAAUUCUUAUUCGUACAAAUGGUUCACCGGCUCGCUGAUUAGAUAUUUGCUAUGUGUUAACUAAGUGAUUUCAUUGGUUUAUCAAUAGGUUGUAUUGUUUUAAAAAUUUACAGGUUAUAACGCUGCUUAACGAUCUUCACUCAUUAUAUGACACUGUGAUGACGAGAUAUGAUGUUUACAAGGUAAAAUCAACGUCUUGAUUCAUUUUGUUGGAAAAGUUUACAUUUCCUUGUUCAAAACAAAAACAACAUCAUAGCUUAUUUUUAUACGCACGUCUAUUUAGGUGAAAAUCAAAUAAAAAAUAAAUUAGGAAUUGGAACCAGCUCUCAUAUUUGGCCUUUAAUUAGCCUAAAAUGUGCUGCCGAGUAGAUUGUUCCCGGACAGUGGAGCUGCUUAACUUCACUAGUUUAACAUAUACCUUAUGACGUGGUUCCAUUCUGCUUUCAACCUACAUACUGUGCGUAUGUUGUGCGCAACACGGAACCGCCAAAUAGAACCCCGGGAAGGAAUGGAAAUAUGAAGGGGGCUAGGGAGAGUGGGAAGAUCUCUCUUUUCCCUUUCGCGCCCCCCCCCCCCCGACCUCUUUCCCUCCUCUUUUUUUCUCCUGCCACCCGGGCUAGCCCGAGAAAAUCCUUACGCAAAAUUAGUUUCUACGUCUUUUGAAUUUUUUUCCGAGGGAGGAGGCGGUUGUACACAGGCUAGUUUUGACUAUAUUUUAAAAAAUGUGUUGCAAGCAUAAUUACGCUUAAACUUUUCACGCCUUUCAGCGUUGUCUUUUUUCAAGAGAAGCCAAGUAGAAUUAACUUAAGAAAAAGAGGAGGUUUAGUAUUCUAACCACUGACGCAGCCAGAAAAAUCUCUGAGGUUAUCCCCAAUUUUUUCAGUGGCUCUUGCUAUAACUGAGAGAAACUGUAGCAGUCUGAUGCAUAUUCGGCAUAAAUAUCUCAAUAAAGUACUUUUUACAGUAACUUAAUUUUGACCUAAUUUCCAUGCCGUUUCCUGCUGAUUAUCUUUUCCAAUCAUAAUUUCCAGUUUCCUACCUUCGAGAGAGUCAGAGGGAGUUCUUAACCGAAUUUUUUUUUUUUUUGAGUUCUUAACCGUAUUUAUUUUUUUCUGUGAAUUUUAUAGGUUGAAACAAGCAGCGAUUCGUGUUUGGUUGUGUCUGGUCUUCCAGAGAGGAAUGGAAAUAAACACGCUGGACACAUAGCCAGGAUGUCUUUGCGUUUGGUAACAUAUCUUAAGGAAUUUAAAAUUAGCCAUCUACCAGGAAGAACUCUACAGUUUAGAAUUGGUAUCCAUUCAGGUGAGAAUGUAUCAUCAUAUACAAUAGAGCUUGUACCACACUUGUCUCCGAGAUCAAAAGUAGAGACCGAAGUUCUAAGACGAGUACGAGAUAAUAAGGAGCUUAAGCAACAACGACAGCCACGGUUACGAAAACGUCACUUAAAUAGUGAAUUCGCGCUGCCUCAAACAUUAUCGCGCUUAUUUUGGAGUUGAGUUCUGAAGGACUGUCAAGUUGAGGAAAAGAAAAACAAAGCUGUUGUGUUGUGUUCCCGUCCUCGGCAAAACGUGAAAUUAGGCACUUUCACGUCGUAGUCGUGCAUUGCAGUGACGGCAAGGAAAUGUACAAAAAAGCGUGAUGCAGGUGCAAAGUUGUUGUUUUGCUAAUCUAAUCUUUUGCCUUUUUGCCGUUUUCGUUGCCGUCGCCGUCGUUGUUAUGUAGUGCGCGCGCGUGAACCAGCGUCAUUUUGGCGGGAAAAAGUGACAGCCGUUCAGCCUAGUCACUAGGCAUUCUUUCUUGACCCGUUGUCCGCGCGAAGAACGCUUAGGGACUAGGCUGAUAGCCGUUGUCAUUCUACUACGGUUUUCAGAGAGAAUUUAAGUUGUCAAAUAAAUUAUCAAAUGUUAGAAGUUUUAUCAUUUUGCCAUCGGGAGAGGGCUUAGACCUCCUUUAAUAAAGAUAAAUUUUUUGGUGAAAAAAAAAAGUACAAAGAAGAUUUUCGAAAAACUUAAAACAAUGAUCAAAUCUCGUACUUGUAGUCUUUCUCGUCCUCGAAUCUAAAGGUCUCUGCUAAUGUGCAGAGAUCGUGAAAACUAUCGAAAAUCGCACCGGACGGGGACUGGAAACCCACUUUUUACCCCCUUGACCUUCUUUUCGCGACGUUCAUGCUAUAGCCUGGCGAAGGCUAAAUAAGCUAUUUCAUUCUCAUUCAAGGGACAGGCGAUUUCUCACUAAUUCUCGUUGUGUUUUCUUGCUACGGUACCCUGAUGAGCGGUAGCUCCAAAAAAGAGCGAAACAUCGCUGCUUUUAUCUGCUGUCUUGCUUUUAUAUAGCCUAAAUUAUGACUCAGUUUUUACGUAUGAAAAAGACCCUAAUUUAGUGACUAUUGAAUAUGGCCAGGAGCUUAUAUUUCUGAUCGGGCUUAAUUUUAAAAAAAACCCGCUUAACUCUUUUAUAGAACUGAAAAAGUUAUUCAAAACACUUAACGUUAUCAGCUGGAACUAUGGUGAAUUGGAAUAAAAGUUAUUACGGAGCUUAAUGAUGCAAGUCAACCGGAAAUAGAGAGUUCUCCCUUUUAAUAUGCCUUGACGCCACCAAAUUUGUAUUGCUGUCUUCCUUUACUCUUGUAGAGACGAUUUGCUUGAAAAUGUGGGUAAAACCACUGCCAUAGAACGCAAAAGUACACUUCCGUUGUAGUCCCUAUUUAGCAAUCCACGAAGGCGCGGAUGACGAAGCUUAUUUUAUUCCCAGGUCCCUGUGUGGCGGGUGUGGUAGGUUUGAAAAAGCCUCGUUAUGAGAUAUUUGGAGAAAUAGUGAACAUUGCCAAACAGUUNGUAAAACCACUGCCAUAGAACGCAAAAGUACACUUCCGUUGUAGUCCCUAUUUAGCAAUCCACGAAGGCGCGGAUGACGAAGCUUAUUUUAUUCCCAGGUCCCUGUGUGGCGGGUGUGGUAGGUUUGAAAAAGCCUCGUUAUGAGAUAUUUGGAGAAAUAGUGAACAUUGCCAAACAGUUAGAGGAAUCCUGUGCUGGUAGGUUAUAAUCUCAUACCCAAAUCUCGCUCUGUUUCACGGUAAAAAGGAGAACUUAGGCCCGUCCACACGAAUCCGUUUUCAUUUGAAAACGCAACUUUUGCUUUACGGAUGCGGCUUACGUCCACAUGUAUCCGAUGAAAACGAUCAAUUAAAACGGAGCUUUUCGAAAACGCUCUCCAGAGUUGAACUUUUGAGAACGCUUUUUUCGCGUGUACGCGUGGACAGACGAAAACGGAACUUCUCGAAAACGUUGAAGACACACUAUCAGUUCCAAUCCACUCCGUGAAAUAAUAGUAACUUAUUCAAGAUGGCGGACGGGCGCUUCCCUAUCAUGUCUUUUAUGCUUGAGCUUAUUUUUAACCUAGUUGCUGGUUUUCAAGCAAAUUUAGCUUUGUUAAUUCUUCAAGCUGAUUAUUCCAGGAGGCGGCAGAGCACUAUCAGGUUACUUUCGCUACCGGUGGAAGGCGGAAGACGGAAGGCGGAUAGCCUGCGACCCUCGCGGCUUCGCCGCUCGCUCGCGCGUUCUCGCGAGACUCGUUUCACUCGCCCAAACAGGAGAGCAUGUUCGCAGGCUAGAAGGCGGAAGGCGGAAGGUUGGAUUUCCCUUUAGUUUGACAUUUUAAACUGUUUCUGCGACUUUGAACAACGUCACAACAAUAUACACCCACUCCAAAGAAAUUCAAAGGUGGCGCCAAUUUAUUAUUUUGCGGGCUCAUAAUAGCGACGACGUAUGCGUCAAGCAUGCGCAGUUGGGUAAGUUAUCGUUUUCAAAUCGAUUCCUCGUUUAGGUAAGAAUGGGCGAAAACGAUGCGAAAACGCUACGAGUGGACGCGAAUUUUUUGAAAAUAGAGAAAAAAAGUAUACGGAUAUGUGUGGACAGGGCUUUGUGAGAUCUCCUUUUUCCUUUGUCGAAGGAGCUCUAGGAACGAGAUUAGGUAUAUUAACUAUUCUCACUGCAUACACAAUUAGCCCGUGACAAGGGAAAUAAGAAAUUCCUUUAACUUGUCAGCAAAAAUAGUAAGCAGCAUCACUAACAGGUAUAUGAAACUAGAAUGUGGCCUGAACAGAGUUCUAAGUAGAAAUUAUUCGCUAAGUUCCCUUCCUCUUAUCAUGAAAAGAACAAUACCGACUCAGCUAUAUUUCCUAAUUCGUACCACCACAGCUUAUAUUCUAGUGUUUUAAUAGAUGUCUUUAAGAAUUGAGUGAAGGUUGUAUCGUUUCUUUAGCUCAGCGAAUUCAUGUUAGUUCUUCUUGUAAGUUGAUUCUGGAUGACUUGGGCAGCUUUCAUUUGGAGGAGAGAGGCCUGGUAAAGAUUAAGGUGAGACGACAGUUGCCUGUUACAUAUUUUCUUACGUGCCCAGUAUAA